AUGAUUCGUGUUUCGCUAUCAAUUUCUCGCAGGGGUCUAAGUAAUAGCGGUAAUAAGUCUAUAAUUAAAAACUAUAACAAUGUUAGCCUAACAGUAAAAACGAUAACUACAACCAUUAGGAAUAAAUCCACUUUUUUGAAUGUUAUGGAAGCAGCAGCCAGACUGGUUACCCCGAAAAUGUUUUUAACUAAUCCAUUAUCAUUAGUUUCUAAUGAAAUGAACACAUUGGCAAAAAACAUAGCUCUUAUGAUUGGUUCUGGUCACCCAGUGUUGAAUAGAGUUACUGGUUAUUAUUUUGAAGGUGAAGGGAAAAAAGUUCGUCCCUUACUUGUCCUAUUGUUAUCAAGAGCUCUUUCAGAAAUUCCGGUUGAGCAGAGACAAAGAAUCAAAAUUGAUUAUAGCGAUGUCCCGGAAGAUCCGAUUUAUUCUAAACCUCCAAGUGCAUUACUGGUCGAACCACCAGCCAGACAUAUUUCACCGUUAAGUAUCUUGCAUGGCAUUAAACCAUUAAAUCCAUUAACCAAGGGGCCUGAACCUUUUAUAAACGAAUUUGAUGAAAAGCGCGGGAUUUUACCUAAACAAAGAAGGUUGGCUGAAAUUGUAGAAAUGAUUCAUACUGCUUCCUUGCUCCAUGAUGACGUUAUUGAUCAUUCAGAUACAAGAAGAGGGAGACCUAGCGGGAAUAUUGCGUUUACGAACAAAAUGGCCGUUUUAGCCGGUGACUUCCUAUUGGGCAGGGCCACCGUUGCAAUUUCUCGUUUAAGGAACCCGGAAGUUGUCGAGUUGAUUUCUAAUAGCAUUGCUAACUUAGUGGAGGGUGAAUUUAUGCAGUUAAAAAACACUGCCAUAGAUGAAGAUUACAAGAAAAUUAAUAAUGCUGGAAAUUUACAACAAUUGCCCUCUCCAACAGAAAAAACCUUGACUAUUGGGCAUUCAUACCGUGUAAAUACACCUAGUGCGAUUUCUCACGAUAGAAUGAUUGAAACAGCAUUUGAAUAUUAUUUGCAUAAAACAUAUUUAAAAACUGCGGCUUUAAUAUCUAAAUCUUGUAGAGCAACCGCCAUUUUGUCUGGUGCCGAAAAUAAUGUAGUUGAUGAGUGCUAUGAAUUCGGUAAAAAUGUUGGUAUUUGUUUUCAAUUGGUUGACGACAUGCUAGAUUUCACAGUGUCUUCAAAGCAUCUAGGUAAACCUUCUAAUGCUGAUUUGAAACUGGGAAUUGCUACUGCACCUGUGUUGCAUGCUUGGAAAAAAGAUCCCUCAUUAGGGCCAUUAAUCCAAAGAAAUUUCAAUCAACCAGGUGAUGUAGAAAAAACUUUAGCAUCGGUUUACAAGUAUGACGGUGUGGCUAAAACCAGAGAGAUGGCCAUUGAAUAUAGAGAUAAAGCCAUUGCUAACUUACGUUCUGUAUUGCCACCAAGUGAAUCGCGUACUGCCUUAGAGCUCUUGGCAAAGAGUAUUUUAACAAGACGUAAGUGA